CAACCACCACCAUCAGCUCUCCUCCCCCACAACCACUGCCCCCUUCUCUAACCAACCUCGUUCACCUAGCUACACCAAGAUGUCCCAGUCGCGUGAAGACUCUGUCUACCUUGCCAAGCUUGCUGAGCAGGCUGAGCGGUACGAGGAGAUGGUUGAGAAUAUGAAGCGCGUUGCUUCGUCCGACCAGGAGCUCACCGUUGAGGAGCGCAACCUUCUUUCCGUUGCAUACAAGAACGUCAUUGGUGCCCGCCGUGCAUCAUGGCGAAUUGUCUCCUCCAUUGAGCAGAAGGAGGAGUCGAAGGGCAAUGAGGCACAGGUUGCUAUGAUCAAGGGUUACCGGGAGAAGAUUGAGAGCGAGCUCGCGAAGAUUUGCGAGGAUAUCCUCGACGUCCUCGAGAAGCACCUCAUCCCCUCUGCGGCAUCCGGCGAGUCGAAGGUGUUUUACCACAAGAUGAUGGGUGACUACCACCGCUACCUUGCCGAGUUCGCGACCGGCGACAAGCGUAAGGAGAGCGCCGACAAGUCUCUCGAGGCUUAUAAGGCUGCGUCCGACGUCGCUGUGACUGAGCUCCCGCCAACACACCCUAUCCGUUUGGGCCUCGCUCUCAACUUCUCCGUCUUCUACUACGAGAUCCUCAACAGCCCCGACCGUGCGUGUCACUUGGCGAAGCAGGCGUUUGACGAUGCGAUCGCUGAGCUUGACACACUAUCGGAGGAGAGCUACAAGGAUUCAACCCUCAUCAUGCAACUCCUCCGCGACAACCUGACGCUCUGGACUUCAGACAUGCAGGACUCUGAUAAGCCCGCUGAUGAGAAGCCCUCGGAUGAGGCCGACAAUGAGGCUUAAGUGCUUCUUUGUCUCUGCCUGAGCGGUUCGUGGUGAACCGGAGGACGCUGUCGGUUGUCACUUUCGUCUCUUUCUCAUAGUAAUCAUCUGCAUUCUCCCGCAUCUCGUAUCAUAUCGCAUCCGUAACGACCGCAUAUUUCUUCGGGCCGAUUCUCCGCCUUGUCGUCCGCGCCGUUCUCUGUUGAGUUUAUACUUGAUAGUUUAGGGCUGGCUUUGUCGUACAAGGGGAUUCGUGAACAAACAAACAUCAG